AGGGGUGGGGAAGUCAAGGCCAGUACUCUUUCUGGGAGUGAAUUUCUAUAUCUAGGCUGCUGAGUCAUCUCCAAAUCACUGUCUUUUCUAAGUGGCUUGUGCUAUUUCUGACUUUUGGAUGAAUGGACUACAUUUGGCAAAACAGAGGUACGUUACCAGCUUAUUUAAAGCUCUACAAAUGUGCGCAUUUUUCUGUAGACCUGAAAGAGGUGCAUCAGCCAGGAAGAACUUGUGAACUGGGCGCAGACAGUGUGAUGAGUGCUGGUGUGUGGCUGGGGUGAAGAAGUUGAGGGAAUUACUGCAGUAGGAAUGCUGUCUUGCUUUGCGUAGUGUGUGUUUCCAUCCCUGCUUGUCUUUCUCUAGGUCGAUGCUGAGGAGUACGGCACCCUCCCUCCCCUCUCCUGUGGUUGGGUUCCUUGUAACUGAAGCUCACUCAUUCCCUGAGGACCAGACCUCACUGAUGACUGGGAAGCAAAGAGUACCCAGAAAAGCACUUUUACCACGGACUCCACCUCAGGAGCACCAGCAACUCAUCCUCUAAGUAACAAUCUCUGCCCCUUCUGUGCAGUCCUGAUGUCUGCUACCAUGGAUACAGAAUCUACAUAUUCAGGAUAUUCCCACUACUCAGGUCACUCCAAAAAAGCCCACAGACAAGGGAGUCGGGACAGGCACAAAUCACCACGAAGCAAAGACGGCAGUCGAUCUGAGAAGUCCGUCACUAUCCAGGCACCACCUGCAGAACCGCUGCUUGGGAACGAUGCCUCUCGGACAGAGGAGGGCCAGGAUGACAACUGGGGUGAGACCACAACAGCAAUCACAGGCACCUCCGAGCACAGCAUUUCCCAGGAGGACAUUGCCAGGAUCAGUAAAGAUCUGGAGGACAGUGUUGGGUUGGACUGCAAACGUUACCUGGGCUUAACUGUGGCGGCUGUUCUUGGACUCCUUGUCUUCCUCACCCCCAUCGCCUUCAUUCUGUUACCCCAGAUCCUGUGGCGGGAUGAUCUGGAGCCAUGUGGUACUGUCUGUGAGGGAUUGUUCAUCUCUGUGGCAUUUAAACUCCUCAUUCUCCUGAUUGGGACCUGGGCUCUGUUCUUCCGCCAGCCGAAGGCAGAUAUACCCAGGGUGUUUGUGUUUCGGGCCCUCUUGUUGGUCCUCAUAUUUCUGUUUGUGUUUUCCUACUGGCUCUUUUAUGGUGUUCGCAUUUUGGACUCAAAGGACACCAACUAUCAAGGAAUAGUGCAGUAUGCGGUGUCUCUGGUGGAUGCACUACUCUUCAUUCACUACCUGGCCAUUGUGCUGCUAGAACUACGGCAGCUGCAGCCCACGUUCACUGUCAAGGUAGUUCGGUCAACAGAUGGAGAAUCACGAUAUUACAGCUUGGGACACUUGAGCAUCCAGCGGGCUGCACUGGUCGUUCUGGAAAAUUACUACAAAGAUUUCACAGUCUACAAUCCAGCCUUGUUAACAGCCUCCAAAUCCCGUGCAGCCAAGCACAUGGCUGGCCUGAAAGUCUACAAUGUUGAUGGCCCAGGUAACAAUGCUUCUGGGCAGUCCCGUGCCCUGAUUGCAGCUGCUGCCCGUCGCAGGGACUCCAGUCACAACGAGCUGUACUACGAAGAGGCCGACCACGAGCGCCGAGUUAAAAAACGUCGUGCAAGGCUUGUGGUUGCAGUAGAGGAGGCUUUCACUCAUAUCAAACGUCUCCAGGCAGAGGAACAGCAGAAAGCUCCAGGAGAGAUGAUGGACCCCCGAGAAGCAGCUCAGGCAAUCUUCCCUUCCAUGGCAAGAGCUCUGCAGAAGUACCUCCGCACCACCCGUCAGCAACAGUACCACAGCAUGGAGAGCAUCUUGCAACACUUGUCCUUCUGCAUCACCAAUAACAUGACACCAAAGGCAUUCCUGGAGCGUUACCUCAAUCCAGGCCCAACCCUCCAAUACGACAGGGAUCGCUGGUUUUCCAAGCAGUGGACGCUCAUUAGCGAGGAAGCGGUCACAAGUGGGUUACAAGACGGAAUUGUUUUUGUCCUCAAGUGCUUGGACUUCAGCCUUGUUGUUAAUGUGAAGAAAAUCCCCUUCAUCAAACUCUCAGAAGAAUUCAUAGACCCUAAAUCUCAUAAAUUCGUCCUUCGCUUACAGUCCGAGACUUCAGUUUAAGGGGUUUUGAGGGUGGGUUGUUUGGGGAUUUUUUUUUUUCAAUAUUGUGCUUUUGGGUUUAAUUUCCCCAAUGCUGACUGAAACUGGCAGAUGAUGGACCAGUAAUAUUUGACCAUCUGCACUUUAUUUGGAAAGGGGAGGGUGGGUGGAUUUGGGUUAUCUUAUCUAGAAAGGAAUAUCUUAAGAGGCGACAGGGUGACUUGGCUCGGUUAGCUCAGUUUUGGAGACAGAACAGCUUUUUCUUUUUUCUUUUUUUUUUCCUUUUUCCCUUGGCAUAUUGUAAAUCUCAUGCUCUCUCUUUCUCUGCAAAAUUGCAAUGCCUGUAUUUUUGUUGGAACGCUGCCUUACACUGUGUGUGUGCAUGCACUUUUGUGGCCCUGCUUUUACUACCUGUAGCUAUUUCUGAGAAUACAUUGCUCACCUCUCCAGUAGAGAAGUCAGCGUGGUACAAGGGUAAUGCACAGUUCUUUUUCAUUUAGGAAGGAGAGGGGGUUUGAAGGGUGCAUGUGAGAGAGGUUCCUCUCUGAACCACAUAACCUUGAGGCUGAAGGGGUUUUUUUUUUUAUUAUUAUUUUUCCUCUUCCCCUUGUCCCUUCUUGUAUUAGCACUGGACCUGUAUGAACGUAGUGGGGUGGUUUUGCUGCCUGUUGUCUCUGUGAAGCUGCUUGUCUUGCACUGGAUCAGCCCAUCUUGCAGCUGUUCAAAUUUUUACCAGUGCUUGUUAGUGAAACAUCUUUAUUUUGCAUGACACAACUCCCUUGUUCUCUCCACUGUUUCAUCUCUAACACUUGCCCCCUUUGUCAGACGCUCCCAAAGCUGCCCAUUUCUGUCCCCUUCCGUCUGGCUUUCCAAACGUGUUUCUCUAGCCACGGUCCCCUCGGGGUCUGCCUUACCACUUCUUCCUUUCACACCUGCAGGGGCUGCGUAUUUGCACUGGGACGGAGUAGAUAAGUAGCUAGCUCCUUAGAUAAAUCACAGACCCUCCCUACGUCUGACAGCCUCUUUGAGAGGAAGGGGAGUGCAUGCAGGAAGGCACCUCUCGUUC